AUGGAACCUGCAGUCCGGCUAAGUCUCCGUGACAGGCACUUUCAAGUCCGGGUCUUGAAGCCUAUCUUACGUGCUUACGCCUUGGGAUAUUUGUCAUCACUCACACCAAAACUCUUGACCUAUGUUCGACGACUCAGAAGCCAGGACUGGUCUGUCAAGCAAAAACUUCAGGAGCUUGCUCGUGUUCUCGCCGGGCCUCUGCGGGUCAACAGCUUUCCAACGUUCUGCGCGGCUCUCGUUGGUGGAUCAACCUUGUUCCCCGUACUGCUCUAUAGGAUCUACGCAUCGGUUGCUCAAGGUGAUAUCCAGAUCUCUCAACAGGUGAAUCGAUUGAUUCGAUUCGUCACUACCUUCCUAUCAGCAUGGAUUAGUUUCGACCUUUUGAACAAGAACCGCUCCAUCACACGACAAGAACUCAGAGCCAGGAGACUCUCACGGGGCCAGGAUGACCCCGGUGAGGAGCUAGCCGAUACCCUCGAGCGCCCACACCCUGUGUUGGUGGGCCGGACGAUGGAUCUCACCAUAUUCACCGUCACGAGAGCUGUGGACGUGAUAGCCUGCAUGGCAUGGAGCCGCUGGGCUCGCCGUCGCAAGGCUCAGAACCGUUGGACUAUCAUCGAGUCUUAUAUUCCUGGUCUAGCUGACGCAGGAGUCUUUGCAACGAGUGCAGCAGUGGUCAUGUGGGCAUGGUUUUACCUGCCGGAGAGAUUACCCCGGACCUACGAGAAAUGGAUUAGCGAGAUUGCCAAAGUGGACACAAGGCUAAUCGAGGCCCUCCGUCGCGCUCGACGCGGGACCUUCGUCUACGGAAAAGACACCGGACAAGCACCCCUCUUGGAAUCCAUGUGCAGAGACUUUGGCUGGCCCGAGAUAUGGGGCGAUCCCUCAAAGACCAUCCCCAUUCCAUGCGAAAUGGUGCACAUGGGCUGCGGCCCGAAUUGCGAGAUACAUGCGGUGUCCCGCUUUGCCCGAACCUUCAAGAUAGCUUGUGCAACCUACAUCCCACUUCAGAUCAUUCUGCGGCUGCGCAAAAUGAGGGAUCCGGCCGUAUUACGCCGGGCCAUCUCCGAGGGUGCGCAGUCAUCUGCCUUUCUUGCAACCUUUGUCAGUCUCUUCUACUACGCUGUCUGCUUGUCGCGGACACGGAUCGGGCCGAAGGUAUUCGAUGCAAAAACAGUUACGCCGCUGAUGUGGGAUUCUGGUCUCUGUGUGGGAGCGGGAUGUCUUAUGUGUGGAUGGAGUGUAUUGGUUGAGCAGGCACGGAAGAGGCAGGAGUUGGCCCUAUUUGUGGCACCGCGAGCUGCUGCCACGGUGUUGCCACGAUUGUAUGAGAAAAAGUAUCAACAUCGCGAGCACAUUGCAUUUGCAGUCAGCGCUGCGAUUCUUCUCACCUGUCUUCGGGAAAGGCCCAGCUUGGUUCGGGGUGUCUUUGGUCGUAUCACUAAUAGUGUGUUGAACUAG